AUAUAUAUAUAUAUGUAUGUAUGUGGACAUUAGGACUUGGUUAGUAAAUAUAAAAAUGUAGCAUUACAGUAAAUGUGUACAGAAAAUAACAGUUGGCACACCCUGAUGUCCUCUACAUUAGAMAUUUAUAAACAAGCUCUUAUUUAAUGUGAAUAAAUUAUACAACUUUUUUGAAAACACCCCAAGCUAUACCUGAGAUAUUUCCUUACUAAAAACUAUUUUAAUGUCAAACUCACAAAAAUUGUAAUUACACACACAACUUCGUUUUACCAUAAAAUGUGGUAAUUGUGAUUGGCAGCCAAUUUGACGAACCAGUGAGAGAAAGUUAUUAAUUUCGCACGCCGAGACACACGUGAUAUCAUUGAAAAGCCCAGAAACUCUCAAAGGUGCAACAGGACUGAACAAAGUUUUUUUUUUAAGUAUGACGUCAAUGAUACGGACCAAGAACUAAUGUUCAUUAUUSUGGACAAAAAUUAGUUGCUGGAUCUCAUAUCGUGGGGAACCUUUAUUUUGAAGUUGUGUUACACAUGGGCUUUUCACACGGAUCGUGCAAUCCAGGAUCCUUGGAAGGUCCCCACCUUAAAACACAGAUAUAACAAACAUCUUUGCUAUCUUUGCUAAAACCCUAACCGUAACCCCAAAUCCUUACCUCAUUUUCAAAUUCAAUGGUGUAGGGACGUCCCAACCAGCCUAAAAUAGUACCUUCCUUACCCAAGUUGUCAUGGUGACGACGUGUGUUUGAGGAAGGGGACACGGACUUGCAUCAGGCUACAGCACAAACAACAUACCAACAACAACGUCCAGAUAUUAARCUUGUUCAUCAAAAUAAUACUAGCUAGCUAACCUAAAGCUCAGGAUGGRUGACUCUCCUGAGGUUAUAAACUUCUCAGCGCUGGAGCGGGAGUUGCAGUCUGCUGUUGAAGCGGACAAGAAAUAUCAAAGAGAAAAUGAUGCAAAGUUUCGKGCUCUACACCAGAAGGUCGGAACUUACGAGGAGUUUAGGGACAUAGUCCUGGCAUCCAACCUGAAACCACUGGACAGGAAGGAUAAAGCCGGAGCUCCUCGCAAACAGCCCUGGAAUGCUCUCGCCUCCACUGACAAAGGGCAGAACCAGACUAGCUGUGAUGAAAUAGGCCUAAAGCCUCCGUUGUCCGAGUUCCAGCCCAGGACAGCAUCAGAGUUCAGCCGGGACUGGCGCAGGUUUGGCAGUGAAAACCCAGAAGAUAAAUACAACCUCCUGCUCUCCCUAGGGGGAGAGGGCCUUCGGAACAUCUUCAGGGCUGAGGUGGGGUUCGGACUACUGGGGGAAUUUCUUGUGUUCCUUUCCAGUGGUCUCCAGCCUGGGGAUGAGGCCACGGUGAUAGGGGUCCUGGAGGGGCUGUCMAAGACCCCCAGGUUUGGCCUCAAUAUGUGCCUCCUGAGCCGGGCUGAGAGGGAGGCAUGUGGAGAGCUGUUUCAGAACCUGAGGAAAKCAUCAGCAGCAGGGAAUAGCAGUGUCAAAGGAUCCAAAGGGGAUGUCAUUGUCCAUGGAAGUAAUGUGGAAGAGAUUAAAGAAACACAAGAUGCUGAGCCAGAGACUCUGUUUCCAGGACAGACCAGUGAGGCUGCCGGAAGAAGCAGUGAUACUGAAACUUUAAAUGGUAUAAUGCAGUUGUAUGGGGUUCAAACGGUCUCUCCUCCUCAGUAAGAAACAAUACACAAACAC